UUCUCUUUAAUCCCUUCUAAUUUUACAUUAUGUUGUUUUUGUGGACCAAUCUUUACCAGCAAAUAUAAUCCAAUUUUCCAUGCAAGUUACUCUGUUUAUAAAAUUUAUUACAUCAAUACAAAAUAUCAAGACUUUUCCAUCUUUGGUUUCACUAUUUUCUUGUUAUUGUUUAUCUUUCAUUUGAUCAUUGAUAUUGAUUGAAGGGAGCCUUGGCGUAACUGAUAACGUGCAACGCCACGUGACUAGGAGGUCACGGGUUCGAGCCGUGGAAACAGUCUCUUGCAAAAAUACAAGGUAAGACUGCGUACAAUAGACCCUGUGGUCUGGUCCUUCUCAGACCCCGCACAUAGCGGGAGCUUAGUGCACCGGGCUGCCCUGCCCUUUGUGAUCAUUGAUAUUGAUUGGUUUUUAUGAUCAGAUCAGGCAAGUUCCAGCUUGUAUAUUUCCUCUCGUACUUUGUUCUUAUAUGAAGACAGCUUUUAAAUUCUAGUUGACCUUUUAGUUCUAUUUUAUCACUGCAUGCCAAAAAUGAUUUCUUUAUUUCCAAAUCAUGACCCUUCAAAAAAGUUCCAUUUUUUCCUAAAUUUUAUACUAUAUCUCUUUUUCUCUGAAUUUAAAGAUAUGAUUUUUAUUUGUUCAUGAUUUUACAAGAUUGCUUUAUCUCUACAAUACUUUAGGUAUUCUUGUUUGUCAUUUGUUGUUGUUUUAUAUCAUUCUGGCUUGUGAUUGAGACCCUUCAGCCAUUACAGCUAACUUUCUAAUGCUUACUUAAUUCAUUUUGUGGUUUUUAAUGGUUUUUGACUAAUUUUACAAUAUUCAUCUUGUUUUACUGUUUCAAUCCUGAGAUAUUUCCUGAAUGGGAGCCUUGGAGCAACGGUAAAGUUGUGUCCGUGUGACCUAUAGGUCACGGGUACUGAUACUUGCAUCAAGGUAGGCUGCCUACAUCACAUCCCUUGGGGUACGGCCCUUUCCCGGACCCGUGCACUGGGCUUCCCUUUUAAGCCUAAGAUAUUUCCUCAUUUUCUUGAUAUCCUGACAUGGGAGCUAUCAAAAAGUGAAAAUCAUGCUUGAACUAUAGCAGUCUUAAUCAGACGCGGGAGCUCAGUGUCUUUUAAUAUUUUGUUGUCAAAAAUAUCUUUCUAGCUUCAAUCAGUUAGCUUUCACAUGGGUGGAGUAGAUUGACUUCUGCCUAACAAUCAACAUCUAAUUAUUGUCUUAAAUGUGUAUAGUUAUGUAUCUUUGAUAUGUAGGAUUCACCAAAUAGGUCAUUUAGCCUUUAGUUCUUUCAGGGAAUGCAUUUAGAAGUUGAUUUUACCAUUUUUUUGGCAUGUAAUGUAAUGAAUGAUUAAUACUUUACAACUUCAAAAAAUACAAGAAUAGUAAUGUUUGUUUGUCCAUAUCUAAAGUGCCUUUCUUGGUGUUUUUGAAUGCUAUAAUCUUGCAGUUUGUUGAUACAUACAAAGGAGGAAGGCAGUGUUUCUUGUUGGAAUUUUGAACUGAUCUUGCAGUUUUGGUUGGUAUAUGCAAAGGAGGGAAGGGAGUAUUUUUCUUGGAGUUGUGAACUUAGUCUUGAGAUAUGGGUGGAUGCGUUUCGAGUCCAACUAAGAAGAUAAAGUUAAAGACAAAGUACAUUCCCAAGUCUCGUAGAUUUCGAAGAAAGGCGCCAUCAUCUGUUUCUGUUGCACCGAUAGAGCAACUUACUGGUGUGAGAAACUAUGUAAGAGAUGUUGAUGUUGGUGAGUUUGUCACAAUAGAUUAUGAGGACAGGGCUGCACCUAUUGGCGGAGGGGAUUGCGUGUUAAAUCCAGCGUUUCAUCUCUCCCAAAACUAUCAUCAUGUUGAUGUAACUGGAAUAAGCCAAGAGGAAGCGUGGUUUGAUUCUUUCAGUGUCCUUGAAUCUGAUUCAGAUGAAGACUUCACUAGUGUUCUUGGGGAAAUUUGCCCUUCACUCGUCGUUGCUGCUGGAAGCGCAUUAGAUCAUCAAAGUCGAAGCGAAAGCACGUCACACUUUGAUCAGACCAUCAAGAACAAUGAUAUAUCAUGUGUAGAUGGAAAUUUUACUAAGCGGAACAACGUUGUGGAUGAUACAAUUUUGACAUCUCAAAGAAGGAAGUUAACGGUUGUAACACUUGCUGUUAAUAAGAAACUGCAUGAUGGGGACACGACGACUGAGUUUUGUUCUUCAAGGAGAUUAUUGUAUCGUCCAAGAGCAGGAUUUGUUGUUCCACAUUACAGUGAUAUGAAACCUAGUCAAGGAUGUUGGAGUCGCAUUGCACCUUCCGUAUUUAAGCUUCGUGGCAUGAAUUAUUUCAGGGAUAAAAGGAAAUUUCCUGCCCCUAACUAUUGCCCUUAUGUACCUAUUGGUGUUGAUUUAUUUGUUUGUCCGCGGAAGAUAUCUCAUAUUGCACGGCAUCUUGAGCUUCCCUUUGCAGAGCCACAUGACAAAGUUCCAUCGCUGCUGAUCGUCAAUAUACAGCUGCCUAGUUAUCCUGCUUCAAUGUUCCUUGGGGAAAAUGAUGGGGAAGGAAUGAGCCUUGUACUAUAUUUCAAAGUAUCAGAAAAUUUUGAAAAAGAGAUUUCUCCACAAUUUCAGGACAGCAUAAAGAGAUUAGUAAUGGAUGAAACGGAAACUGUAAAAGGUUUUGCAAAGGACUCAACAGUUCCUUUCAGAGAAAGACUAAAAAUCAUGGUUGGUGUAGCCAACCCUGAUGAUCUUCACUUAAAUCCCGCGGAGAAAAAACUUUUACAUGCGUAUAACGAAAAACCAGUGCUUUCGCGUCCUCAACAUGCUUUCUACAAGGGAGGAAACUACUUCGAAAUAGACCUAGAUGUUCAUCGUUUCAGCUACAUUUCCAGGAAAGGAUAUGAUGCAUUCCGAGAACGACUGAAACAUGGAAUUCUUGAUCUUGGAUUAACAAUUCAGGCGCAGAAGCAAGAGGAGCUGCCUGAGAGAGUUUUGUGCUGUGUUCGAUUGAACAAAAUCGAUUUUGUAAAUCGUGGCCAGAUACCUCAGCUUGUAACUCCUGUUGAUAAUUGAAACAAUUGAGAUUUAGACCAAUAGAUGUAGAUAUUUUGCCACGGGAGGAACUGUGAAUUAUGAAAUGUAACGAUCACACCAAUUUCAUUUGGUUUGCCUGGCAUGAAAUUAUUUUUUCCCAACUCUAA